CCCACCUUCUUUAGAACAUGGUGAGCUGUGAGUUGGGUGGGGCUAGGCUAUAGUUCAUGAGGAAGAGGUGGCUCCUAUCUAAACAGCUUUGUUCUACAGAUUCUCACAGAGAUCCCUGGGCCGGCUGGGACCUGGGUUCAGAGAGGGACGGGAGAGAGCCUAGGAAUCACCCAGUUUCCCAAGAGUUCUGGUUCCCAUUCGGAGGAAAAGUGAAACCAAGAUCUGGGCAUUUAUUAUCUCCUUUAAUCAUCAAGACAACCCUAUUAAGCUCGGGAGAAGCCCAGCAGGAAGUCUGUGAGACCCUGAGCCCCACGGCCGCGACCGCACCUCCCGCGCCCCGAGGAUGGCGAGGGCGCUGCUCCUCUCCCUGGUCAGCUGCCUCGCUGCCGUGAGUCAGGCCAGCCUCAUCAGACGCUGUGACUUGGCCAAGGUGCUGCACGAGGAGGACUUGGAUGGGUUUGAGGGCUACUCCCUGAGUGACUGGCUGUGCCUGGCUUUUGUGCAAAGCAACUUCAACAUAUCAAAGGUAAAUGAAAAUACAGAUGGCAGCUUUGACUAUGGCAUCUUCCAGAUCAACAGCCACUACUGGUGCAACGAUCACAAGAGUCAUUCAGAAAACCUUUGCGACGUGGACUGUCAAGAGUUGCUGAGCCCCAAUCUGCUCUCGACCAUCAACUGUGCAAAAAAGAUCGUGUCCAGUGCAGGGGGGAUGAAGAACUGGGUAGGAUGGAGGUUGCACUGUUCGGGCCGGCCGCUCUCCUACUGGAUGACAGGGUGCCACCUGGGGUGAGACCGUGUGCAGGACUGCUGUGGAGUCAACCCAGAACUCCUCUCUUCGCUUGGGAAUUCUUCAUUUCUUCUUCCUCCUGCCUCCCUGUUAUUUUCUUCCCUUCCCGUUUACAAAUAAAACUAACCAGAGCCCCAGGAAUAAAUGGUUUUCUAGGGCUUUCUCCAUAUUUCCAUCCAGGUCCAGGACCCUGGUUCCUGACAUUUGCAAACCAAGAGGACCACCAUGACAAAGUUUCUGUAUUUUUGGAAUUAUCAAAGCAUUCCUUGUACGAAGAAUG